CUCGGGCAUUCUUGGCUCUUCUUCAGUUUCACCGGCUCGUCAUCUUCCCUUUCCCAUCCUGUUCCCAAUUCCUUCCAUUCUCUUUUUCCGUUUACACACCCUUCUUUUAACACUGAUUGUUCCCCGCUGAGCGUGUGGUUUGUUGUUCCUUCAUCCCUCUCUCCUAGGCCGAGCCUUUUUGUUCUCUUCUUGUUAUUUGAUUUGAGGGAGCAGUAGCUGUAGCGGACUACUCUGUACUUGUCCUCUUCUCUCCCUCAAGACCUUCUUUCAUUCCCGUCGAUAUUUAUUCCACAGACCAUUUCCCCUCAUUCUCGGAGAACUCGGCGAUUAACAUUCCAUAAUCGUCACGGCUGCCGGUCAGCAUAUUAGCCCAAGAUGCCUUCACUCCGCCUCUUCUUCCUUUUCACUCUUUUAGCAGCCAUAGUACUUGCUGCACCUGCUCCAGCCAAGAAGAGAAACUUGAACAAACGAUCGUUUAAAGUCCCAAGGAGCCUAAACCCGGCUCAUCCCAGAGGGCUCAACGGAAUGGACGCUAUGAGGAAGGUGUAUAGCAAGUAUGGAUGGGGUUUCAUUGCGGCCGAGAAGAACAAGAAGCCCGGCGCGAAGGCUACUCCUGAACAGCCCAAGAUCAACGCUGGGAACAGUACCGGGAAUGGUACUGGAACUGUUGCUGCGAACCCAGAGCAGAACGCGGCGCUUUUCUUGUCUCCCGUCAACAUUGGCGGGCAAACUUUGAACCUCGAUUUUGAUUCAGGUUCUUCUGAUCUCUGGGUCUUCAGCACUCAACUCCCCAAAAACGCGAUUGGCCAACACGCAGCUUUUGAUCCCCAGAAAUCUAACACCUUCAAACUGAUGCAAGGCUCACAAUUCUCCAUUUCUUAUGGAGAUGGGUCUGGCGCUGCUGGUCUUGUUGGUACGGAAACAGUUGAUAUUGGUGGCGUCAGUGUUACGAACCAAGCUGUUGAAAUUGCGACCGCAGUCUCUCAAUCUUUCGUUCAGGACACCAACACCGAUGGGCUUGUUGGUCUUGCGUUCAGCAAGCUUAAUACAGUGAACAAUGGCCAACAAAAGACUCCCCAAAAGACCUUCUUCGACAACGUAAUGCCCAAUCUCGACCAACCCGUCUUCACCGCUGACCUAGCCGCUGACGGCUCUGGCACGUACGAGUUCGGCCGGAUUGAUAACACAAAGUUCACUGGCCAGAUGGCAUGGAUCCCCGUCAACGCCAGUUCCGGCUUCUGGCAAUUCGACUCGGCGAAAUUCGCUGUCGAUGGCAAAGUCCAGAACAACCCUACUGCCUCAAAGGCCAUCGCUGACACCGGAACCUCCCUUCUCCUCGUUGACCAAGGCGUCGCUGAGGCCUAUUACUCCAAGGUCCAGGGCGCGCAGAAUAACGCCCAGGUUGGUGGCUUUAUCUAUCCGUGUAGUGCGAAAUUACCGGAUAUGGCGGUUGCCAUUGGUGCGGAUUACAUGGCUGUUAUCCCUGGGAGCCAAAUCACUUUUGCGCAGGUCGAUCAGGCGAAUACUACCUGCUUUGGAGGUGUGCAAGGAAAUGGCGGCGCGGGUCUGCAAAUUUACGGCGAUACAAUGUUUAAAGCGCAGAUUGUGGCGUUUAAUGGUGGAAACCAGUCGCUGGGUUUCGCACCGAAGAAGGGAAUUCAGUAAUUCCGUUGUAGUCUUGCGGGUGUGAGGAGUGGGGGCCUCCUAGGGUCAAUGGGGGAACUUGUAUAUAUUUUCUAUUUCCUUGAUCUUUUGGGAUGAGACUUAUCUCUCAUUUUGGAAAGGGAAGACGAAUGGAUGGGACUGAAACAUAUGAAUGACAGAACGACAGUAUUCUCACGCACCUCCCUUUAAUAAGCUGGGCUGGGCUGGGCUACAUAUCCGCAUGAUAGAG